GUUCUUCCCGCCAAAUCCGGGGGAGCCACCGUCGCAGAAAAAGAAGCCUACGCCAUUACUAGCGAGACGCCACUAGUCGAGCAAUUCAGCGCAUCUACACCGGUUCUCGACAUUUUUUCGCGAUAAAAGUUAUUCUCCCCAGGACUCGAUGAUGAGUGAAAUCGAGCACAGUGGCAGUCGAAGCGCCAGUCCCCGACGAUCCCGAGCAGUCGACGAUGGCAGUCGUGAUUGUCGUUCACGUUCAAGGUCACGAGACCGCAAGGAUGCCCACAGAGCGGUGAAGGAAUAUUCGAGAUCUCGUAGUCGUUCAGUAUCACGUGGACGUAAAUCCUAUCGGAAUGCCAAAUAUUCAGCUGGACGAAGUCGUAGCCGUGGUAGAUCACCCUAUCGUAGCGGGGGUGGUCGUUACUCCAGGAGCAGAUCAAGGUCGUAUUCACGAUCGAGAUACUCGAGAGAGAGGGACAGAAAUAUUUAUCGAUCUCAUUCGAAGAGCCCCAUGUCGUUGAGACGAAGGCACGUGGGUAAUAGGGAUAAUCCAUGUCCCUCGAGGUGUCUCGGGGUCUUUGGACUCUCUAUUUACACCACUGAACUACAGAUUCAUCAUAUUUUCUCAAAGUACGGGCCUGUUGAACGCGUGCAAGUUGUUAAUGAUGCUAAGACUGGACGAUCGAGAGGCUUUUGCUUUGUAUAUUUUAAAUCGAGCGAGGAUGCCAAAGUUGCCAAGGAGCAAUGCUCGGGGAUGGACAUUGAUGCAAGACGAAUUAGGGUUGAUUUCUCGAUAACUCAGCGCGCCCACACACCAACCCCUGGUAUUUACAUGGGUAAACCCACUCAUUUACAUGACAAGGGGUGGAGUGGGCCCAGACGUAGAGAAAGCUCUAGCUACAGAGGAAGUUAUCGACGUUCACCAAGUCCCUACUGCAUUCGUCGCAGGACACGCUACGAUCGUACCAGGUCACGAUCUUACUCACCACGUCGAUAUUAAACUGAGUGAUCGAGAAGGCCAGGUGUUUCGGGAGCCAUUUAUCUCUGAACUUUAAUAUCCCACAUCCCCUCUAUUUUUUUUAUUUUUUUUCUCUUCUCAUGUCGAUAAAGCACAUUCGGGGGAAUUUUGCUGCUUGAUCAGACUUUUUUUCUGUCGAGGGAUCGGGUUGACGUGCACGUUGGGUAUUUCUAGAGUCCAAUGGAUUCUCGUACUACUUUGUCGUGGUGGCUUUGGGGAGGGAGAUGGUGGUGGUGAUGGUGUGAUGUUUAAUUAGGCAAAAUCAGUCAAUUUUCGAUUUUUUUCUGUGAGACAUUCUCGAGUGGGUUUGGGUUAAUAUUUGGAGAUCAAUUUAUAAUUCACACGAAGUUGCUAGAUAGGGGAGUAAUUAUUUGUCGCAUUUAAAUAACUUGACGCUAUUAAAUUAUUUUGAAAUCGAAGGAUUUUUGGGGGAAAAAAUCAACCAUUUUUUUUUUCUUAUUUUGUCACUUGAAAAAAAAAUUGUUUCAUCGUUAUCUUGUGGUAUUACUCGUAGUAAUUAUUCUUGCGUUAAGUAUUAUUAUUAUGCUAGAUAUAUAUAAUGUAAAUUUAAAAUUUAAAAUUCAUUCUGAAAUUGUUCCAUUCUGUUAUCAUCACAUCACUUCGCCAAAGCCAUCUUAAAAAAACCCGAAACAUGCAGCUGAGGCUCCGUAAGACGGGAAUAGUGGGAGGCCUUAUUUUCGUGAAAAAAUUCUAUUUUUUCCCUUUUUUAUUGUGGGGAUAGAUUUGAGGGGGAUCUAUAUUCUUAUGGCUAUAAUGUAAAGGUUAGAAUACGAUGAAACAAUCAAUUUUCAUACGAAAUUACUAGUUUUUUAAUUAAUAAAAUCAACAGUUCUCGAUUUAUUGAUUGUGAGGAGGGAUAAUACGGCAUCAUCUGGUGUCUCUCGGGAUCUCAGAUGAUGAAUAUUUCAGAGUCUAAACGAGAUAGCAAAAUGUUUAUCGUAACGAUGUGGCUCAAAAACUGAGCCAACUUGUCUUGUUUUUUUGCACAAAAUCUACGUCGUUUCAUCCCUCCACGAAUGAAUGACAGUAGAACAUUAAAAGAUGUUGUAUUCUAACCUUAUUGACGAAUAUCUUACCUUCCCCAUUCUCGAAGGUACGACACUACUAAUGUGGUAAUAUCUCCUUCGAAAAAAAAAAUAUACUACAAACCAUUUAUUAUAACUAGUUAGUCUAAAAAUAUAAUACAUAUGGCAAACAGCAUUGUAACUUCUCUAACAUAUUUGUUUGUUUAUAAGGUUUUGAAUCAAGAGGUAUUGGAUGAUAGAGGGAAGUUUGAAGUUUAAAAAACCUUGAAAAAUUGUAUGGGCAAGAAAUCAUGAAGAUUAUUAGCAGAUAACAAGAGAAAAAAAAAUGAUAUUGAUAAAGUUCAAUGUUCAAGAAAUAACAGAGUCGAGUUUUAAAUUAUCUCGUGACAAAGAAUAUGAUCGACAGUUUGACGUCGAAGAGAAGUCUUGGAGACUUGAAGAAAUGAAAAACCUGUUCAACUUGGGAUGUUUUGAGGGAUAUAAACGUCAUCAAGAGACGGAAAAAUUGAAUAGAAAAAAAGUACAUUUGAAAGAGAUUCGUGUCGUGAUCGCCUGAAGUAUUCAAGAUCCUCGUCGAUUAUUCACUUUCAAGAGUACAUUAUGCUCCGGUGAUCAUAUUCUUUAUCAGUUUGAAACGAAUUCAACGACGGGAUUGUCAUGAACAUGAUGGCACAUUGAAGAUUACGAAGCUAUGAACUAUUCAAUAAAAGUGGAAAGUUGAGUUUAUAUAAAAUUCCUUGUUUAAACCUAUCCUACGUCCCUCCACCAUCCCAUCACCUUGACAUUGGAUGAUUAUUGUACGAAUAAUGAUGUUCAUUUUGUUUAUUUUCUUUUGUGUUAUCCAUUGAGGAGCUUUGGAUUUAAUAAAGAGAACAAGUUUUUGGUGAUUG